AUGUUUAUCCUAACCACCAUAUCGGACUUGAUUCAGAUUUCACCUGAGGAUUUCUCCAAGUUCAGUGCAGUUGCACUUGAAGACAACAUCAAUGCAAAAUAUGCCAAUAAAGUCAUUCAAAAAAUUGGCCUCUGCAUCAGCUUCUAUGACCUACUUGAGUCUUCCGAUGGCCUGAUUGGCCACGGAACGGGGUUGGUUAAUGUCAACGUUAAAUUCCGCAUGAUUGUUUUCCGACCCUUCAAAGGGGAGAUCAUGCUUGGAAAGAUCGCUAGCGGCACAGAACAUGGAAUCAAGAUUGGCAUCGAAUUCUUCAAUGAUAUUCUGAUCCCGCCACAAAUGCUUAUGGAGAAGUCCCGAUUCGACUAUGCCGAGCAGGUAUGGAUCUGGGAGAGUGAAGGUGGAACGGAAUUCUUCUUCGAUGUAGGAGAAGUUGUACGAUUCCGAGUCGAAUCAGAAGAGUGGCACGACCAAAUCCCCAAUGCCCCAGAUGUUGCAGAUGAAACCCCACAGGAGAGGCGCCCUCCGUACUCCAUUCUUGGCUCGAUGCAAAUGGGUGGAACGGGACCCAUCACUUGGUGGUAG